AUGCAGCAUUCGCAAUUGGCCCCGCUUCCGAACGACGUGCCUUUCCGCAUUGUCUCCAAGACAAUCGGUCAAGGCGCGUAUGCCUGUAUCAAAAAAGCCUGCCCUUUGGACUCGGACAACCCCGUCUUCGCCGUCAAGUACAUCCACAAGGAUUACGCCGCGCGCCAUGGCAAGAUCAGCGCCAGACAAUUGCAGCUGGAGGUAACGGUGCAUCGACACGUUACGGGUCACAACAAUAUCAUCAGCUUCUACCAAACCGGCGAGGACGAUAUCUGGCGAUGGAUCGCGAUGGAGUUGGCGGAAGGUGGCGAUCUCUUCGACAAGAUCGAGGCUGACGAGGGUGUGGGUGAGGAUAUCGCGCAUGUCUAUUUCUCACAGCUCGUCGGUGCCGUCAGCUUCAUGCAUUCGAAGGGUGUCGGUCAUCGCGACAUCAAGCCUGAGAACAUGCUCUUGACUGCGGAUGGAAACCUGAAGAUUGCGGAUUUCGGUCUGGCCGCACUGUUCGAGUACAAGGGAACCAGGAAGCUCUCUACAACAUUCUGUGGUAGUCCGCCAUACAUUGCGCCCGAGGUCAUUACCAGCAGUACGCGUGGUCAGACUAAAGGGUCUGGGUACCACCCGGACUUGGUGGACAUUUGGUCCUGUGGAAUUGUUCUUUUUGUUCUCCUGGCAGGUAAUACGCCGUGGGAUAGCCCGACGGAUGACAGUUACGAAUUCCACGAAUAUGUUGCGAAAAAUUCGCGGACCACUGACGAGCUGUGGCAGAAGCUGCCAGCUGCCACACUUUCACUACUGCGCGGUAUGUUGACCGUGGAACCCAAGAAUCGCUUCUCGCUGGAAGAUGUGCGGAGACACCCUUGGUAUACACGAUCGAACAAAUACCUUGCAAGUGACCGCAAGCUGAGAGAUCCUAUUAAUCUCGCUACCUCCAUGUUUGAGUCCUUACACAUCGACUUUAGCCAGGACCCCCUUUCCCAGAAGCGGAAGGGUCCCAGCCGAAGUUUCGAUGCAAUGGAUAUGGAUAUGGACGUCGACCAGCCAUCGGCAGGCUUUUCAUCCACACAGCCUGAGGUUGGAGGCGGCCUAGUGAUGGACUGGGACACACCACACUUGGCCUCGGAGUUUUCUUCCACUCAGCCUGCUGGGAAGCAAUUUGCUUCUCAAGACGCUGCAAUGGCUAGUCACCUCGAGGACGAACCUUCGAUGUCACAGUUCUCGCAACAACCAUCUGUGCCUGUGAGCCGCACCCAAAACGCUCAGAAGUUCCAGGAUAUUGUACCUUCUCGCCCGAUGACCCGCUUCUACUCCGCAUGGGAAUUGAGGCUUCUGGUCCCGUUGAUCUGUGAAGCUCUCCACCGACUGGGAGUUCCUGUCCCGUCGGUCCCUGCAGUGAGCGCCGGCGACACUUAUGCUAUGAUUCGGGUUGUUGCCAAGGAUGGCCGGAUGUGUCCGCUCCAGGGAAAAGUUCUUAUUGAGUGCGUGUCCGAUGGCGUUUUAGAAGCCGAGUUUGUCAAGAUCAAGGGUGAUCCCCUGGAAUGGCGCCGAUUCUUCAAGAAAGUGGUCAUUCUCUGCAAGGAUGCAGUUUUCAAACCAGACGAAUAG